UUUAAACAAAUUAAAAUCCUUAUUAGGGUGAUCCUUAACUUCUUAUUAUUGCCUUACUUGAAAAUGAUGAUGAUGAGGUAUUUUCACCUUGCACUUUUGUCAACACUAUUGUUCAUAAAAUUAACCCUAAUUCUUGGAGAUGUCGGCACUGCUACUUCUUAUGGACCUCCAUAUAUACCGACUGCGUGUGAUGGAAAUAGAAGAGAGCAAUUUCCAGCGGGGAAUAUGUUUGUAGCCGUGAAUGAAGGAUUGUGGGACAAUGGUGCUGCAUGUGGAAGGCGUUACAAAAUAAGGUGUCUGAGUGGAGACAAUAGACCCUGCAAAGGUGACAUAAUUGAAGUUAAGGUUGUUGAUUUGUGUCAUCGAACUCCGUGUCCCACCAUGCUUUUGUCAACUAUUGCCUUCUCAGCCAUCUCUCGUUUCUCCAAUGCCAAAAUCAACAUUGAAUAUGCCGAGAUUUGAUCCAUAUAUUCGGCUUCAUCAGCUGAGACGCAAGCCUAAUAAUUAUAUGUAUGUAAAUAAUGCUGUACCAAUAAACGGCAUCAUUAUUGAGGAAUUCAAGCUGCUAAUUUGUUUCAGAGAGAACUG